AUGGGAUAUGCUGCGUAUGUCUACAUCGGGCGAUUCUGUGUCCCCAUGAUCAGAGGGGACCCGGAUGCGUUGGGCAGUCGGGCAUUAGCCAUCGUAUUUCUCGUGAUAUUCUCUAUAUUCUACCUGAUGAUGAUCUGGACGUAUGAGAAGGCCAUCAUAACGCCUCCAGGGUUCGCCAAAGAUCACGUUCCACGGUCGGUGCAGCCACUGUUCUCCCAGCCUCCGCCUGUGGCCCCUCUAGAUGGGAUUGUUGGGCACCAGUACGAAGCUAGCAUACCCACCUUUCCCCUCCCCACAGACACAAGCCCGUCGACGCGGUCUGGAACAGGUAGAACCCACCGCACCAACACCCGCAGCUCUCUUACCCACGCCACAUCGCCGCCAAUGCCACCGCCUCUCCCUCGAACUCAUUCACAGCGUAGCCAUCAUUCUGCGCCCGCGACUCACUCUUCGCAAGGUGUACCGGAUGAUAUUCAUGCCCCUCCUGUGUCCGUGUCUUCCCCUUACGAGUCCAGUGAAAAUACCAAUGAACGCAUGACCCCCACGACUCACGAACCUCGCAGGAGACGUCGGGACAGCAAUGAGGAUGGUCUACCACCCCUAAUGUACUCUAGACAUCCGCGUACCACCCCCAUAUUACUUCCAGAAUACAGAUAUUGCCAACGCGAUCAACUAGUGAAGCCUACAAGGGCUCACCACUGCAGGGCUUGUGGAACAUGCGUCUUGAAGUAUGAUCAUCAUUGCCCUUGGAUUGGGCAAUGUGUGGGUGCUCGCAAUGAGAAGUUUUUCAUGAACUUCCUUGAAUGGGCAGUGAUCUGUUGCUCGUGGUUGUUCUCCACUCUCCUGGGGCUGAAUGUCAAAGCCCACGGUGACAUUGAUCCACAACAUAUUGUCAUAAUCGCUCUCUCAGGCUUAUUCCUGCUUUUCUGUGCAGCCAUGCUGAUUUCCCACUUUCGUCUGAUUCUCCUUAAUCAGACGACCGUGGAGUCGCUUCGAUCCCAAUACAUGAAAGAGCGAGAAGAUCGAGUGUUAUCAAGGCUGCACCACUGGUGGGAAUUUAGGGCGAAACACCGAACCAAGAAGCAAUGGGAUAGCGAGUGGGGCAGGAUAGAUUACGAGGGCAAUAUAUGGUCUCUGGGAAGCCUGAGGGCUAAUUGGGAAGCGGUUAUGGGUCAGAAGUGGUAUGAAUGGAUCCUGCCCAUCGGACGCAGCUCAGGUGAUGGGCUAUCAUAUCCUGUCAAUCCUCGAUUUGAUCAGCAAGGGCGGUGGCGCAGACGGAUAGAGUGGCCGAAGGAGCUCCAGGGGACGUAG